GCCUUCCUGGCCUUCCACUGGACUUUUGGUGAGGUCUUAUGCAAAAUGGUCAACUACGUGCAGUGUCAAAGUAUGGUCUGCUCAGUACUCACACUGACCAGCAUAUCAUUAGAAAGAGUGAUUGCCGUUGCCUUACCUCUGAAAGCCAGGACCAUCUGCACGAUGCGACACGCUAAACUGAUGGUGGUCAUCGUCUGGUGCUUGUCCUUCCUGCUGGCCAUCCCUACAGCAGUCAGCGUGAAACACAUCGAGGUGGGGGAGAGGUUCAAGGCGUUCUGGUGCGUCAAAGAGUUCUCCAGCUUCCAGUUCCAAGCCUUCUACGAGCUGUACAUGCUGGUGCUGCUAUUUGUGGUGCCCAUGUGCGUCAUGAUCGUGACCUACACCAUCAUCGGGGUCAAGGUCUGGAGGUUCACGGACAUGAGGGCGGACAUGAGACAAGGGAGAGUGAUCGCCCCUACAUCGAAAGAACGCAUCCAUCAAAGCAUGAGCAACCCAGAGAGUUGUCUCCUCUCACCACAUUCGAACGGCGAGGGGAGACCAUCUGUGCGCAUUGAAAGGAAGAAAGAUUUACAAGAAGACACUAAGACCACGAAACAGUUGGUGCUGAUGCUCAUUAUCGUGGUUGUCCUCUUCGCCCUGUGCUGGGGUCCUAUCCUGAUCAACAAUGUCCUUGUGGCCUUCAGACACCUGCCUGAGCUGCACUACGGUCACCUUAAACACCUGCGGGCCGCCUUCAACCUGAUGUCUUACUUCAACAGCUGCAUCAACCCCAUCGUCUACGCUUUCAUGUCGAAGAACUUCCGGCAGUCUUUUAAAUUCGCCAUCUGCGCAUGUCUGAAAGGGAAGGCGUUUGUCCGAGCCUACAGGUUCAGUGUGUCCAUCGCUAGCACCAGGACCUCUACGAUAUCUAACGGACACUUACGUCGUGGGAUCUCGGCCCACAGGGACAAGAGCAGCAGUAGCGGAAAUGAGAACACACACACGCACGUGGUCACUGAUGACGACAUCGUGGAAAUGAGGUCAAUGACCCACCCUUUGGUUUAACAACCCCACUGACAC